AUGGGAAAAAGGUUUAUUGCUGUGAUGUAUUCUGAAACUGAAGGUGUCAUUCCAGGAAAUGCGUUGGUUGUAGAUCCAAAAAAGCAAUUUCGUCCACUAUCCUGUUUCGGAAACUCGUUUCUGAAUAGGUUUCAAUGUUCCUUAGUCGAUUCAUCGGUGUUAAAAGGAAUGUCAAUUAUCGACACGCCUGGAAUAUUAUCAGGCGAAAAACAAAGAAUAGACAGAGGCUACGAUUUUACCGGCGUCCUAGAAUGGUUUGCAGAACGCGUCGAUCGCAUUAUCCUCCUUUUUGACGCCCACAAACUCGACAUUUCGGAUGAAUUCCGAAGAUCAAUUGAAGCUCUACGAGGCCACGACGACAAAAUCAGGAUAGUUCUUAAUAAGGCAGAUAUGAUAGAUCAUCAGCAGCUGAUGCGUGUUUAUGGCGCCCUCAUGUGGUCGUUAGGAAAAGUUCUACAAACUCCUGAAGUGGUGAGAGUAUAUAUUGGGUCUUUUUGGGAUGAGCCAUUGAGGUAUGAUGUUAAUAGGAAAUUGUUUGAAGAUGAAACGCAGGAUCUUUUUACCGACUUGCAAAGUUUGCCCAAGAAUUCAGCUCUCCGGAAAUUAAACGACUUGAUAAAAAGGGCACGUUUGGCAAAGGUUCAUGCUUAUAUAAUCUCCGAAUUAAAGAAAGAAAUGCCUCGUUUUGGUAAAGAAACUAAAAAGAGGGAGCUCAUUAAAAACUUAUCGCAAAUUUAUGAAAAAAUUCAAAAGGAACACCAAAUAUCCAUUGGAGAUUUUCCAGAAAUAAAUAAAAUGCAAGAACAACUAACGAAACAAGAUUUCGGCAAGUUUCAUUCAUUAAAACCUAAACUUUUAGAUGUAGUUAAUGAUAUGCUCUCCAUUAACAUAUCUCACCUAAUGUCCAGGAUACCUUUCGACUCGUCAUCGACUAGUCAACCAGAAGUUACAGGUGGAGCGUUUGAAAACGUGGAAGACAGGGUCACACCUUUUGGAUAUAAGAGUGGAGAAGGCUGCAAUGCUGGUUUUGGAGAGCCCGAAUGGAUUGUUAACAAAGAAAGACAAUCCUAUGACACAAUAUUUGACUCAUUGGGACCAGUAGAUGGCAAAUUAUCAGGAGCUACUGUGAAAGAACAACUGGUGAAGUCAAAACUACCGAACGCGAUACUUGGGAAGAUCUGGAAGCUGUCAGAUGUUGACCGAGACGGGUAUUUGGAUAAGGACGAGUUUGCUUUAGCUAUGCACCUGAUAAACGUUAAAUUAAACGGGAAUGAGAUACCUUUUGACUUGCCGGAUCAUCUAGUACCUCCUAAGAAGAAAGAGUACGCGAAUAAAUCGUCCGGUAACUCUCACCAGUCGCCAGUUUAA